GACCACCCCCACACACACACACACACACAGACACACAUACAUCACCCAUCAACCAGCAAAGUCACAAUCCUGUUAACCACGGAGACAGCCGGCAGCGUUGGGAGCCUCGGCGUUCCUCAGACAGGAUGGGGUUGCUACUACUGCUCACCUCCGCGCUCCUGUGCAGCCACUUCCAUCCAGGCAGUGUGGUGAAGGCCCAGCGCUCGUUCACAAUAAAAGACAUCGCCCUGUCCAUCGAGCCCAGUAGUAUCGUGUCCCGCGACACCAGUGUGACACUGAGAUGCCAGGCCAAUGUCAGCAGCUUUGGGCUGGAGCCGCUGAGUCGUGAGUACACAAUAUACAAGGACGGCAUCACAGUCUACACCAAGAACUCCAGCAGCUCGGAGGACCUCCUGUACCGCCUGUCCGGGGUCAGGGUCUCCAACACCGGCAAAUACUGGUGCAAGAUCAACAUUGAGGGGAAACCAAUGACCAGCGCAGCCAGGAAACUCACAGUCACAGGGCUGUCAAAACCAGUUCUCCACGUUAACAAGGGUGUGGUCACUGAAGGGGAGGAAACAACAGCCACGUGCACGGCGCAUGGCGAGACGGGCUCCAUCUUCUUCUACUUCUACGAGGACUCCACGGAGAUGACUCCACAGGACAGAGCGCAGGUCAACGCUAACCAGGCAGAGGUCAAGCUAAGCUUCAGAACCGCCGGCAUCCACAGAAUUCACUGUGCGUACACUGUCCUCGUAACGCCAGAGUCCUUUAAGUCUGAAGAAAGCAGCGCUGUCGUAGUUUCAGUCAAAGAGCUUCCCGUUGCAGCCGUUUUGGAGAUCCUACCCCAUUCCACCAUCUACGAAGGAGACAAACUCUCCAUCUCAUGCACCGCGAAAAACCUUCUGCCCACCUACGAAGGUGUGCACUUCUAUCUAAGCCGAGGGAACCAGCUUCUCAGCAGGGGAGACACCGAAGUCAACUACAGCAGCAUCGCCCUGGCUGAGGACAUUAGGGACUUUGAGUGCAGAUUAGAGGUGGGAGACGUCGUGAAAUCUGACACGGGGAGAAUUUCAGUGACUGAGCUGUUUUCGGUGCCCACGCUCACCGUAUCUCCUGCUGAAGUAUUUCAAAGGGAAAAUAUCACUUUGACCUGUAAAAGUGAGAGCUCUGCUUCAGUGAGACUCGACCAGGAGGAGUUGACCUAUGCUCUCGAUCCACCCGGAAGCCUUCUGGUCUCCGGAGGCACUGGAAUAUUUUCUGGCCGGGCCCCGCCGCACAAUUUCAACUACACCUGCGUUGCUCGGGCCAAGGGCGUUGAGAAGCACAGUGAACCCUUGACCGUGCGUCCUAAAGUUGCUGUCUCCACUCCAAAGAUCUCGGUGGAGGGCCGAGCCGUCCUGGGGAAGCCUUUUAAGAUCCUCUGUCAGUCGGACGUCGGCAGCCUGCCAAUAAACUACACCCUGCUGAAGGGGCACGACCCGCUGAGCACUGCAGCCGUCACGCAGCCCUCUCAACCAGCUCUCUUCACAGUCAGCGUCGAGCGGCCCGACGAAAUAAGCAAGUUCACGUGCGAGGCAAAGAACAGCGGCAGGGAUGCGGCGUCCAGUAGAGGACUCGACGCCACUGUCAUAGAGCCUCUGAGCCACCCGAUUCUCACCGUCAUCCCCCACCUGCCGGAGAUAUCGGAGGAGGACAAUCUCCUCCUCAUAUGUGGCGUCCGAGGCACGCCGCCGGUCACCUUUAAGUGGUACAGGGUGGGCACCGAGCAGCCUUUGUUCACCACCACGUCCAGCAAGAACAACAGUGACUACCAGGUGCACCGUUUGUCCAGGGAGCACAGCGGCGUGUACUACUGCGAGGCCGUCAACCACGCCAACAACGCUGUCCGCAGCGAGCGCGUCACCAUAGAGGUGCACCUGGCAUUGUGGAAAAAACUGGUGAUCGGUGGUUUCUGUCUCCUGACGCUGUUUGUGUUGGUGGUUGUGUCUGUGCUGUGCUUCAGAUCCAAGAGAGGUAAAAGAGAAGCAGCUGCUGAAUUGUCAGUAAAGCCUGCGAGCCCUAAAUCAGAUGACUCUUUAGCAGUGAAUCUAACCCACGACACAGAGGUUUAUAACGCAGCCACAGUUAGGUUGGACAGAGCUACAGUCAGUGUGUGGAGCGAGCGACCACCUGAAGAAGUGAAUGACGAGGAGAGCAGCGUGGCGUCCAAGGAGCCGGAUGUGGAGUACACUGAGGUGGUGCAUCCUCGGCCAGUAGAUCCUACAAGAGUCCCCCUGAAAAAAGGCACAGAGACCGUGUAUAGCGAGCUGCAAAACUCCCCAGAUGGUGCUGCUGACCCUCAUGACUAUGGUUCAGUACAGUACGCCGAGCUCAACAGUGAACAACCUGAGGUCAACAAUUACCUUCGAGAGGUCAACAACCACCAAGACCUUCCUGUACAGGUGGAUUAGUGGAUUAUCGCCUUCUUCUCUUCACGCGCCGUUUGUCUCCACUUCCAUCUCGUAACCACAUUUUUUCCCCAUCUUUAUUGAAUACAAUCUCGGUUUCUAAUCUGGUAAAUAAUUGAGUGCUGAAUCAGCUAUGAAUAUAGUUGUAUCAAUGAAGAGUGGUAACUGAACAACAGUUUAAGUGGCGUUUUUUUCCAUAUGCAUUUGUUGCAGAGUUCAAACUCACUGAAAUGAUUGUAUGGUCCCCAUAUUCAUGUCAACGAGUUAAAGACCAGCAGAAGAAGGUGUGUGUAAAAUGAAAUUAAAAGAGAGAUGAACUGUCCUCAUUUUCAAGUGAAGGAUUGUAUUUGGGGUUUUCUACUAGAAAAGCUACUAGAAGUUGUUUAAAUGCUCUAAUUUUGCUGUCUCUUUAAAGCAAAUGUUCAUCCUAAAUUCAAAAUAAAUGUUGUUCCUCUUCUAAGUCCUAUUUAUUUAAUUUAAAUUGUUUUUGUGGGAGUUUGCUAGUUUUGAGACAUCAGCUGUAGAGAUCUCUCCCUUCUCUUAAAGAAGGAAAACUGUCUACGUUGCUCAAAGGACUAAACAAAUACAUUUUAAAAACUCAUCGUUUUCUGAUGAAGACAUGAAUGUAUGAAUAAUGACAUUCCAGUAUUAAAGUUAUUCUGAAUUGGGG